CUGCUAGACCCAAUAUGGAUCUGAAAUACCGAGACAGCCAGCGUAGCCCUGGUAACUCAGACGAUGAAGACAACUGCCACUUCCUGUCAGACGAGGAGCUGGAAUUUGAAAAUGGCGACGAAAGAAUCCAGAACGAUCUUCUCAAUGAGAUAUGUACCGACAUCGGCAUCAAAGAUAGCAUGGACUUGGAUUUUUACGACAUGGCGUCUGAUUCAGUCAUCCAGUUCGAUGAUCAACUGACAACUGGGAUCGUCGCGGGGACAUCAGAGACGCCAUCAAAUCUUCAGGAUCUUUUUAAUAUGCAGAAUUGGACACCGGUGACUGGACGCGGCAGUGGUGGUGUGCAAAGUAAUACCCCUGCAGGACAGGGGCAGGUACCGUUCAUGCAGCCAUCACAGUUUUCUCAAAGGCAACAGCUUGUGUCAAAAGGUCAAGGUCAUAAUGUGCAUCAGGGUCACACUGUGCAGCAUGGUCCAAGUCAAAGUGUGCCACCCAUGACCUCUCAAGGCCAUGUAUCCAUGACCUCUCAAGGAUCAUUUCAGCCAAGUCCCAGACAUUUAUCGCAAGUUCAAAUGAGUCAGGUUUCGUCUAGUCAGAGUCCUCCAGUUGCUAGUCAGUUUUCUCAGGAUAGAAAUGGACAAUAUCAAGGUCAGGGCCAAAGGACAAUGCACAAUUCAAGAGGUCAAGGUCACAGGGGUUAUAUGAACCCUCAAUAUCACAAUUUUUACUCACAGGGACAAUUGGGAACAGGUUUGAAUACUCCGGAUUCGAAUUUGGGAAAUCAGAACUGUGAUAAGUCAAUGACAGUGUCAAAAAGGCCUACCAAUCAGCAACCAAGCAUUGUGCUAUCGGAUAUGGAUGAUGCACCAGGGGCAGGUUUCUUCACGGAGAGUCAACAGCAGAUAAAGAAGGAGCCAAAAUCAUUCAAUGUUCACACCUCACAUUCCUUAUUACCAGCGAGACCGGACGCAGGUUUUUCCAAAGCAGCAGAAGGUCACGAGUCAUCCAAUCAGCAUUCGACAUUAAGCACACCAAAAGUUCGAUCGCCAAUCUCGCUUUCAACUUCACCAUUUUCAUUCUCACCAAAUGACAAAGCCGUGGGCGAUAUCUUCAGUCAUGGAAACCAGGCGUCACAAUUCGACAUGUCUCUCUACUGCGAUAAUAUCUUAGAGAAAGUUGGCGAUUCCCCAAGUGAGACUUUAGCCGCUACGAAUAAUUUGUGUUCACAGUUUGACAAAAGUGGCACAAGUUCUCAGAACAGUUCGUCCUUUGUGAAUUCAAUGGCUAAUCAAAGAGACAUUCAAGAUACUGUCGGACAGAAAAUGCGCAACAAUCUUUCCAAUGGAUCAGGAUCUUCAGUCGGAUCACGCCGCGGAACAUUUUCCCCUCUCUCGUGCGAUAAUAGUAAUUUAUCAUCGCCUGCCCAAUCGAGGCAAGCAUCUCCAACCAACCAUCCAGAUUUGACCUCUGAUUUUCCAGGCUAUGAAACCAACCCGAAUUCUGCAAUGCCAUCACGUAUGCCUUCGCCAUCUGGAUAUGACCCAUCUCCAUUUGUUUCCCGCUGGACGUCACCGACAACAGCAGCUUCUUCACCAACGAAAGACCUUGACAACUCUGGCUCACAAGAUCUGGAUAUCAAAGACGAGCCAAUAGAAAGUCAAGGUCAAAUGCACUGUGGUAGUCCGAGCGUGUCUUCAACUUUUCCUGAAAGUCCCCUACCUGGUUUCCAAGGGAACACAACCCUCCCUGGUUACCGUAGCAACCAGAGACAGACUGUCUGUUUCCAAGGAGACAGCCAAAAGUCAAGUUCUUCUAGCGAUGCUUUACUAAAGAAGGUGGUGUUUAAUCAGGAUCAGAACUUAUACAGUGCACCGUUAACUCCGAACAGCGUUCGAUUUAGUGGAACUUUACAGUUUGAUUCUGAUGACAGAAAACCACAACUGAACCAAUUGAACAAAGUAGCAAACUCUGAUUUUCCAAAUAGCCCAAAACAUGAGCCAAAAUCGCCUUGUCCGAGUUAUCCGUCGAGUCCUACCGUCCCGAUAUCACAGUCACAGCGGAUCAUGGUUUGUGAUACAACAACUGGCAGUCCGAAACCCAACCUGCAGAACCCAAUAGAUGUCCAUAAUCGUAGCGACAGUGUAUUUAAAGUUCCGAAUGUACCAGUGAUGGAGAUGUCACAAGAUAAGUCCAGACCUGGUAGUGCACUGAGUUUAGCUUCUGACAUAAGCAUGUGUGGGAUGUCAGGAUCUAACUCUUUGGCCUGUCGCCCAUCUGGACCGGGUCCGGGCCGCCGAGUGAUAGACUUGACUUGUGAUACAGAGUGUCCAGAUCCGACCCAGUGGGAGCUCAAGUCACCUCAUGAUGCUGGUUACCAUUCUGGUGACUUGGCAAGUAACGCAAGCCGCAGUACAAUGCCGACUCCUGUCCCGAGUAUUCAUGGCAGUAUGGACAACAUCUCGACAAAAUCCGCACUGCCUGCGAUGUCAUUCUCACAGCUCCUUCAGAAGAAACUGAACAAAGUUGACGGUUAUAAUCGCUACCCUUUCACUUCAACGGUCACAACUUCAUCAGGUGGUCAGGUGUUUAAGGCCAGCACACCAACAGUCACUCCGAAAUUCAGAGACAAGCCUCCGAUGCCCAAUGUGCAACAUGAUCAAAAUGCACAGUCGAAUUUUAGAAAUUAUCCGAAUAUGAAAAACUGGAAUAAAGGAGCAAAUGUGCCUCCUAGUGUUAAUGAUCAGAAUGAACAUAGUGCCCAAGGGCAGCCAAAUGCUGCCUAUCCAGAUGACUACUUCAGGAGAAAUUCACGGAAAACUGCCGCUCAUUUCGCAUCAGGGAACAGUAGCGUUGAGACAAGCCCUACCCGUCACAUGCCCCGGAAACAAAUGUGCGUAAAUCCGACUUAUGGCCAGUAUUCACGGGAUCGGUCACCAAUCAGUAAAGCGCGGACACCAUUGACUUUCGACAGUGAUGGGAACCAAUCGCAAGUGGCUCGUCCUGCGACACAAAAUAACUUGACUGGGAACCAAAACGGAACGCUGAGCCGCAGUGGGUCGUAUACAAAUCUAGCCAGUCCUGGAAGUAAAUUUCAUGGAAUCACGCCUCUUGCUGAGUUUGUUCAGAGGCAAUUACCGCCAACAGACAAUGCAAGAAAAUCGAAGUCUAUAGUUGUUGUCAGUUCUAGUCCAAGUACUCAGGUUCAGUCACUGAGUCAAAAUCACAACAAUUCGAGGAUGUUUAGUCCGAAUAACAGUGUACCUGUGAUCCCGCAGAGUUGUCAAAAUGGCCAAUUCCCGCCAUGUGCACAGUCACCGAGUUCAUUCAAUAACAUGGCGAAUGUUUCUGGGAUUCCUGAUGAAUCUUUCAAUGUUCCGCCCCAAAUGCAAAAUUAUGCACAGCCAGGAAAUAUGCAAAUGAUGUGUAGUACGCCGCAGAACAACGGUAAUAUCCGUAUGACGCAAAUGAAUAAGAAAUGGCAGCAGUCACAGGGAAUGGGAUAUCAUCCGAGACAAGUGCCAUAUCCACAGGCGCUUGGAGUUAGACAAUCUCUUCACCAAACACAGCCGCAGAACUUUGAAUUUGGUCAAAAUUCGAUGCAAGGUUCACAGUCUUGUCGCUUUGCAUCACGGGAUGGACAGGAUGGACAGAAUAUCGUAACACCCAGUACUACGCCAAACUUCCAUAGUAAUAAUCAGACUCAGAGGCAGCUUCUACAAAGUGGUGGAUAUGUGCAACAUUGCGAUGGACAUAUGAACGCCCAAAACACGGGAUAUCUGAACACCCAAAGCGUGGGACAGAUGAAUAAUCAGAAUGGUGCACAUUUUAACCGAACUCAAGAGUACUUCAGUGAUUCUGGCCCACCAACAAAUCUAGACUUGAGUACACCGGGUCCCCCAACAAACUUUGGUACGGCUGAAGAAGUGCCGAUGAUGUCCCCAGGACAUGUACUCGGCCCAUCUCAAGCCCAGCACUGGUUGGUACAGAAAUAUAAACAACGGGCUAUUAAUAGCCAAAUGGAAAAUUCUGGUUAUAGCAUGUCAGGACAGUUGCCUCAACCGGAUGGACAAUCAUCUCACUCCUUCACUCAGAUUAAACCACGGGACCAUUUCUCAUCUCAGUCAGAACAUCAGCAAUACCAAGCAGGUAAUUCAAGGAAUCUUAAGACAAACGGACAAAACAAAUCAUGCCUUGUUGCGCCGAAUGUUUGCAUUGACAAAAACUCAAAUUUUACGCCAAUUAAUCAUCGUCAGAAUGGUAUGGAACAGUCGACAAACAAAUUCAAUAACUUCCGCCAACCGCAAAUCCCUGGUUUCCAAAUGAAAAAGGAACAUGUGAGCUUUGAUGACAAUCCAAUGUAUAGUAAUGAGAGUUUUGGUUCCAUGGUGACAAAUGUUUCAAAUACGACCGCGCGCCCCACUCAACACUUCGAUGGAAGUCUCCUGAUGAAUGCUACGCAAGAUACUUGUCAUAACUCAACUGUGCCAAGUCCGAGUCCUUUCCACGACAACCUGGGACAUUCUGCGGCAGAUCUGAAUACAAAUUCCCCAUUCUCUCCUCCCGAUCCGAACAAUAUCUCCGACGACCAGCUCACGUCAAUUGUGAUUGGCUCUCAGGGUCAUUCGCAAACACCAUGGCAACCAGAAAACACCCAGACCAUCCCAGGGCAAACAAACGUUCCACAAAAGACGCUCAGCAGUGCCGCGCAUGAUGCAAAACAAGGAUUCAUACGAAAUCUGGUCUGUGACAAAUCCAAGGCAUUCCGGUCCCAUCCGUUGUUCCCGUUAUUACGUGACCUCAUCAUCGCCGACAUGAACUUCAACAGCCCCACGUUUCCAUUCCGUUUGAUUGCAAAUCUGCCGACAGACUUCAAUAAGUUGUUACAUAACUAUCUGCAGAGGAAUCGCACGAACAGCAGCCAGGAUCGUAAUGCGGCGGUAGAAGGAGUCAUCAUGGAUGCCUUGAAGUAUGCUCAUCAAUCACUCAUAGAGAAAAUAGCGACGAAGAAAAAGGAGCUGGGGGAGGAUAUAAAGGAACAGAAAGCCACCAGUGUUAUCGAGGAAUUCUGUGCUAAGUUUGACCAGGCUGUCCGCAAUAGUUUCCAAAUGCCCGACGGCCAGUCAACUAGUCAGUACCAAGGUCAAGGUCACUUAGGUCCUCCUGGUGACCUUGACAUGAACAGUGACACAGGAAGUCUCCGAGGGGGAAUCCAGGCCAAGAAACAUCCAGUUUUGCCAAAAGAGGCCGUAGCGUCGAUGAUGGCGUGGCUCCGCGAACAUCGUAACAACCCAUAUCCGAACGAGGAGGAGAAGGAACAGCUUCUACAAGAUACAAAGAUUAGUACGAAUCAGCUCAACUAUUGGUUUACAAACGCGAGGCGGCGGAUACUUCCAAAAUGGGCGGCACAGGAGGCAAAUCAAUUCCACCAUGAAGUCAGCAGCACCAGCUGAGCAUUUGUUUGCUAUUUUACCAUGUCCAUAUUUAACAAUCUACCUCGACAAUUGACAAUGUUGCUCAAUACAAACUGCAGUAGAAACUUUCAUAAUCUGUGGAAGGAGUUAUAAAAUAUUGACAGCAUACUUAGUAUGAUCCAGUUUUGAGUACAGUAUUUCAGAAAAUAUGUUCAAAAUCUAAUGUUUAAUUUCAAUGUUUUACCUGAGAGUUCUCAGUUUUUGCACUUUUUUCAAAUGUUUUAGUGGUUUUUGAAAGUUGGUUGAUGUUUUAUUGUUACCACCGUCUUCCUCCUUGUUGUAACCAUUUUUUGUAACCCAGGAUAUUUUUGCGAGGUGUCUUAAUUGGCAAUAAAAAAGUAAAAAAAUAACUUUCUUGAGGGACCAGUAUGAGAUUCUAUCAUGUGUCUGUUGUACAUUUCAUGCUAUGAACAACUGAGGUAUGGAAAAACUGGGUGGUAUUAAUUCUGACCAGCACUGCACAUAUAUAGGCCUACAUUUUCUGUGUUUUGGAAAAAAAUGCCACAAAUGUGCUAUUUUAUUGUGCCAUACGAAAUGAUUUGAAACUUUCUGACCAGUGGGAAAUGUAUUGUGCUGCCCAUAAGUAUCAUUCGUGGAAUUUAGGUCUCAUAAUGAAACAAAUGAAAUAAGAGAAAUAUAUUAGAACUGUAAAAUUAACUUGCUUUUGCAACAACAAAUUGUGUAUGGAAGUGAAAUAAAAACUUGAAUGGAAUGAUUGCAAGAGCAUUGGAUGUACCAGAAACUAUCAUGAAUGGGCAUGCCCUGACUCAAUGUUUUUAAAUGUAAAAUUGAAUGAAACUAAACAAUGCAAAAACAAUUAAUACAUAUGUAUUCCGAAAUGUAAAAAGUGUAUAAAUGUGUUGAAUGAGAAAUGAAAGACUCCGAAUGUAGUAAUGUAAAUUUGAAAUCUAUUGCUAUUGUGAUUGUAAUAAUAAUUGAAAUUGAAUCAAAUGUGAUGGCAGACAUCCAUGACACUUCAAAACGUUUGAUAUAGACUUGUUACGUCACAGAUUUAUUUUCGAAAUAUUUAUAUUAAUUGCAACUGCUGAUUUGUAGUAAUUUUGUAAAUAACUAAUCAUGUUAAAAUCUAUUUUUGAUAUCGAUAUACUAUGUCUUGGGAUGAAAUGUGAACUUUUAUAUAGGCCCUGGGAGUUUUGAUAGGUUUUUUUAUGGGUACCCAAGGGUUCCCUUGGAAUAAGCAUCCUGCUUUGGGAUACUGUCAACCACCAUGCUGGGGGCUGACCCUUGCUUCAAAUCAGAAUAUAUGUGAAAUAUAAUCAGUCAAUGUCCUUAUCGAUGGGGGGGGGGGGGCGUUCUAUCAUUAUCAUCAUUGUAUCGCUGAUCGCAAGCUUUGGUAACCAAAUUGGGUGUACUCACUUCAUGACAUUCCUGGACUGUAUCAUUUUGAGAUGGCCCCUCAGAAAUAUACAUUGUAGCAAACUGACAAUCCAAACUUUUGUAGCAUUUAUUCACAAACUUAUAUUAUGUAGAAAGUUAUUGUCGCAUUUUUUACCAAUUUCGAAUUUGCCACCUGCGGAUUUUGACUGGAGCGCCACCAGAAGCAAUGUAUCAGUGUUCCUGUUGUGAGUUGUCAUUGGAAAAAUUGAUGCAUUGCAUGAGAUAAAAAUUGCAGCUAAUCAUUAAUUACAAACACUUAAGUUAUUGGUCACAACUUGAUUAGUUUCUAAUCUCGAUUUGUUGAUGCUCCAGCCAAUUUUUCGAAGAGACAAGUUUUAUGGAUUAGCGACUGCAAAUGUUUUACAGGUUGUGUUCAUAUUACCAGUUGAUGUUAUUGUUUUUUGUCAAGAGAUUAUUUCAUUUUUCAAUAAAAUGAAUAUGAUUUUA